UGGUAGUGGUAGUGGUAGUGAUUUAUUGGUACAAGAAAAAGAAAAUAUUACAAAUUAUCAAAAGGAUGAUCAUACAUUUAAUAUGUUGAGUCUAACAUAUGAAAUAUUUACAAAAUUUACUACAGAUAUCCGUAACUGA